AUGGAGGACAACAGAUUGGGCAUGAGGAGUUUAAGGAGGAUAAACAAUUCUUUGAUAGAGCUAUAUAACCUGAAAGGGAGAUUGAAGGAGAAGGAGAACCAGAUGAUGAUGAUGACAAUGGAGAUGAGGAAGAUGAUAAUGAUGAGGAAGAUGAUCGAGAAGACUGAGACUCUCCAAGAAAUUGAGAACGCAAAUAUCACUGUAAAUGAUUUGGGGACAGUACCAGAUGAUGAGUAUGCAGUGCUUCUUCAGCUUACUACUAAGAACAGUAUUAAGGCAUAUAGAAGCAAGUAA